AUGCCUGCGGAGCGCCCUGCCCCUCUCAAGACGUAGGUUAAGCCUAUAGAAUUAUUAUUAUACAAUUAUGUUCUAAUGGGAUAUAGACCAGCAACGAGAACCAGGCAAAGAAUCCGACGAAAGUAUUACAUCUCUACUUUUGCAAAUUCGGAAAAUAACCAUUAUAUAUGCUAACAAGUUUGUUAGAAAUGAUUCGGAAAGCGAGUAUUUCUCGUCAGAUGAAGAGUAAGAACGAUUAUACCAUUGUUUAUUUUGCCGUCUUAUUUAGAGUACUAAUUCUCUUUAAGUACUGAACCCGAGCCGCUCGAGACGGCGAUAAAACUGUUAGUAUGACUGAUUAAACCUUCCAUGACUUUAUCUAAUAUCUCCUGCAGCCAAAUCGAGAAUUUCGAACUGUGAGUAUAAUAAGCCGAUAUUAAAUAUACAAAACGAUGCUAAUCUUCACAGACAACGUGAAGUUGAUGCGAAGUUAGUGAUACUGCUUAAUGAUACGUUCUCAUGUCGCUAACAGGUUCUCAGAACUGCCGAAGUGAGAAAGUUGUUGGUAAUACCGCCAGCUAUCUGUACUUGACACAGAACUAAGAUUAUUUGAUAACGAAGGACACUUGAAGUAUCUCGAUUGUAGGUCAAUCAUUGUGUUUGUGCAAACAUUAGUAGAGGAGUCUAAUAGGUGAUGAAGGAAAGUAGCCAGAGAUAUAGCAUGGUUAGCAUCCGUAACUUUCCGUGCUCUGCACUAAGCUAACCUUACGAUAAAGGAAAACGGCAGACAGAGAGUAGGAAGUAUUUCUUAUCCAGUUCACGAGUUUACGUACUAAUACUUUGAAGCGAAGACAACAUGCACGCAAUGUAAGCUAGGUCGAGAAGAAAAUCAUACGCAUACACUAAUUAGCGGCCUUUCAGUGCGAGAAUGAAAAGAAAAAAGCUCGAACGUCAGCUUAAACCGUAAGUAAUUCACUCCUGAUUAUUAUGUUAUUCUUGUUAAGGGGUUGGUCGGCUAAUAACAAUACAGGAUGCGGAUUUCUUGGGACGAGUGUAUGAAAUUCCUACGAAAGAAGUAAGUAUAACUACUAACUUUUUAAUAUCGCUAAAAUACUUACUAUUCAUUAUUAGCGUGCUAAAUAUCUUGGGCAUUAUUGUGGCAGCUGUUGGAAUUUGGUUCAGAGGACAGCAAGCUUGGGCUGCAAUAAAGACAUGGCUCAACGAUAAAGAAGGGAAGGAUAAAGCAAAGGGCUAA